CAGGCAGAACCCAGGGUAAACAUACGCUCUUCGAAACUUUAGCUCCGCACUUACUUCCUGUUUCACCUUGGUCACUUUCAGAAGUUUCGCUUCAGUCAACACAUCGAGUGUGUGAGUGCAGGAGAACCAGAGUGUCCCACUUUACUUUGGUUCGUAACAUGGCGUUAGUCAGAAGGACUCUCGACCAGCCGGGUAUUCAUCGUGGGAAUUAGACCGUGUUUCCUUCUCCUUAAAAAAAACAAAAAAAACUCUCUGGAAGCGGGAGCCGAACCAGCACCAUGCCCGAAGGGUCGAAAAUGAAGAGACCCGACGUGAAGGUGGUUCUCCUGGGAGACAUGAACGUGGGGAAGACGUCGCUGCUCCACAGGUACAUGGAGAGGAAGUUCAAAGACACCGUCAGCACCGUCGGAGGGGCGUUUUUCCUCAAACAGUGGGGACCGUACAAUAUCUCUAUAUGGGACACAGCUGGACGCGAACAGUUCCACGGGUUGGGCUCGAUGUACUGCCGAGGCGCCGCCGCCAUCAUCCUCACUUACGACGUCACCAACUGGCAAAGUCUCGCCGAGCUGGAGGAGCGCUUCCUGUCCCUAACGGAUACCGCCAACCACGACUGUAUUUACGCCCUCGUAGGCAACAAGGCCGACCUCACAGACCUUAAAGCUCACCUGUCCCCGGACUCAGAGUCUACAGAACCACACGAGCUGUCCGCUUGUCCCACUCCCCCCGCCUCCCCCGCCUCCCUCUCUGGGGUGAAGAAACAGGUGUCCCCCGAGGACGCCGUGGCUCUUUACGGGAGGAUCCUGCGAAACAAAGGUCUGGAGGAAGCCGACAGCCUGCCCGCGGAGAAGAUGUGCUUCGAGACGAGUGCCAAGACCGGGUACAACGUGGACGCUCUGUUUGAGGCGCUGUUCGAUCUGGUGCUGCCUUCGAUCCUGAGGAAGCAAAAUGAGAACCAGGAGUCUCCUACGGUGGACCUGGAGGAGUGCAGGGGGGGCCACAGCAAGCGGGCCAGAUCCACCUGCUGCUAAGGAAGGAGGAGGGGCUAAGACAAGUGGGGACUUUUUUUUUUAAGGACGAUAAACAGGAAUUUUCAUAACGUGAUGAUGGUACUACUUUCUGCAUCUGACUGUGACCCCAUAGCAUCAAUUACCUCUGAAGUAACACAUUCUUAACACAAACACAUUUUUGAUUCUAUGAAGGCAGUCAGAAUAAGCAACUGGCUUCAUAUCCGAAGUGUCCAGUGACAUUUUCUAUGUUUGAAUUUCUAUGUAAGAAAGGGAGUUAAAUGUGAUGCAUAUUAUUCCUCAAUGCAUAGAAACCUUUCACCCCAGAUGACUGAAGCUGCACUUCCUGACACAUGUCAAUGAACACAUAGAAAGUCAAACUCUGCUAUUGUUUAAGUUUUAGAAGCACAUUACAGCUUUACUUGUUAGCAGGUCGGCACAUUGCACACUGUUUUUUUUUUUUGCAGUUGAACUUUAAAGGUCUUCACAUUUCUUUAAUGAACACUCACAGAGGUUGUUUGUUUUUGCAUUAGCAUACAUACAUGUAUAUGGAACACUUUAAAGUGUGUGUAGUAAAUCCUCCUGAUGAUUUUAUGAGCAUGC